AAAGGGAGUAACUAUAUAUAGUACAUUUUCUGACGUUACUGGAGCAUUCAUCUGAUGAUCCUUGCCAAUUUUGCGCUCCAAUUUCUUGACAUGCUCCAAUCAUUCCCAAUUUCCCACCUUCUUUCCUUCUCUUCACUUCUAUCACCUGUUUUUUCUCUCUUUUUGUAUCGGCUUCCUUCCCUCACAGUCACCGACAAUCUCUUUAUCCUCUCAACUUCAUCUUAGGUAACCAGAAUUUAGGCUCAUUAAAUGAUGGAAUUUUAGGUCAAGCCCAAGCACCAGCUCCUGCAUCCUAUGAGCCUAUGGUUCCUCUGAUCUUGGCUGGAAAUCAAACCAAAAGACCUGAUAUUCUUCGAAGAUUCAGGAUUUAUCAUGAUGGAUGGGAUAUUUCAAAUAAGCAUUACUGGGCUUCUGUUGCAUUUACUGGUGUUGUUGGUUUCGUCAUCUCACUCAUAUGGUUGAUCUCUUUCGAUAUAACACUUCUUAUUCACCAUUGUUUUGGAUGGAGGAUAAGCUUUAAAGGGAAAGGUUCAAAGUAUGCGCAAAGGAUACGAGUUGUGCUGUUAUUACUUUUUUCAAGUACUUCCAUAUGGGGAUGUAUUUUUUUAUUGGUUGGCCAACUUGACCUUCAUAGUGAAGUCUUGCACACACUGCAUUAUGUUGUAAAUCAGUCGGACAACACAGCUCAAAUACUAAGAAAUGUUUCUGAUUACUUAUCAAUUGCAAAGGCUGUUGAUGUUCCUCAAUUCAAUCUGCCGCAGAGUACCAUGAAGGAGAUUGACGAUCUAAGUUCACGCUUGAGUUCCGGUGCUGAGACAUUAACCGAUAAAACCAAUGAAAAUUCUGUAAAAGUUCUGAAACUCUUCAGUACUGUGUAUAAACUCAGCUUCCUCGUUUUAGUUCACUUUAUUAGCUCUCUUGCUUGAAUUAUACUUUUCAAUGUAUGUUUUCUGAUCAGUGUCACAUGAUUCGCUAAUCACCUUGCGAAUCGCGAAUCGAAAAAAUGCAAAUUAUGGCUAGAUUUAGGCUAUUUUUGAACAAUUUUGAGCGAAUCGUGAAUCCAAAAAGCGAACUAACUAACGAAUUAUGUUUCACUGGAUCUGAUUCAUCAUCCAUCCUUUUUUCAAGAGAUCAGCAUUAAUUACUGUAGCUUCGGUAAUGCUUGUUUUGGCUGUUGUCGGUAUUGUGCUUUCUAUUCUUGGGUGCCAAAAUGUGAUUCACAUAUUCAUUUUUAGUGGAUGGAUACUCAUAGCGAUUACUUUGACUCUUUGUGGAACUUUAUAAUUUUUAAUUCUGCUAUUUCAGACUCAUGUGUGGCGAUGAAAGAGUGGGUCGAUAACCCACAAGCUGAGACCGCGCUUAGCAAAAUUCUUCCGUGUGAUGAUGAGAGAGCAACCAACGAGACGUUUGAAAGUAGAAAAGUUGUUAGCAUGCUUGUAAACACCGUCAAUACGUAUAUAUACACUGCAGCUAACACAGAUCGGGCUCCAUCUGAUCAAUUCUAUUACAAUCAAUCUGGACCUUUAAUGCCCCCUUUGUGCUACCCUUUUGAUGAUAAGAUGCAAGAUUGCGAGUGUUCAUCUCAGGAGGUGUCUUUGACAAAUGCUUCUGUGGUGUGGGCAAGAUACAUUUGUAUGACAUUCUUGGAUAACAAAAAUUGCACAAGCCCCGGAAGGUUGACACCAGAAGUGUACGGUCAACUGGCGCUGGCAGUAAAUGCCAGUUAUGCAGUGCUGCAUUACACUCCCACAAUGCUCGAUCUUCAGAACUGCAAUUUCUUGCGAGACACAUUCAUGACAAUUACAGUAAGAUUCUGCCCUCCUUUGGAGCAUUCCCUCGUGAUUGUAAUAGUUGGUUUGGGUUUUAUCUCAGCUGGUGUUAUACUCUGCCUCGUUCUUUGGUUAGUCUAUAAAAACCGCCCCCAAAGGGAGGAAGCGUUUGUGAAAACCCAAUCAAUAAAAAGUAGUUUCCCCGAAAAUAGGGAUAGGAUUGUGGUCACUUCUCCGGCUAGAGUAGUACCGGAUACAGGAGUAUAGUUAAUACAUCAUAUGAUUUUUUGUCCGUCUAGUUCGACAUAAUGAUGGAGAAAACGAAGUGGUCGUAAACACCAUCUAGUGUUUGUUGGGACUAGUACGACGAGUUUGUAUUAUGUACCGUAUUGUAUAGUAUGUAGUCGUAUAUAGUUAGAAAAUGAGCUAUAUGAUUUCUUCACGGUUAUAGAUAGGAUAAGCGAUGGGUUUGAAUAGAUCUUUCAAAUUGGGAUAGGGUGGCCAAGGAGGCAAGGACUCAAAACUAGUUGUUUAAGUGUAACGUACUUUCUCCGUUUUUUUACUUGCAUCGAAAUCAAGUUUUGUAUUGUUGAUCAGUCUAUGAUAUUUUACAUUUUGCGGCUAUUAUACGAGAAAAAACAUAGUCAUGUGGGAUAUUGUUUUAUUCGUCUUGUCGCAUAUUUUCAUGUUAUCGAAAUUUCAUGAGUUUUAAUUGUGUAUAACUCUAAAUAUAAACAAUCUGACAAAUACAUUGAACUGCGUAAAAAAGGUAUUUGGGCGCAGGUAAAAAAAAGUUUGAAGCAUUUGAUUAGUUUAGUUUGAACUUGGAAUUAUUGAAUUGAUAUGUUGAACUAACAAUAAAUAACAAGUGUUAAUUUUUUGACAAAGGGUGGAUUUUGUCUAGUCACAAAACAACUUGAUUGUGGAAAAUGGCUUCCUUUUAUGAGCUUGGUUUAUCUAUUUUGUAAUUAUAGUUUUUAUGAGGGGAUAUACUGGAUAUGAUGAUGACUACGACGACUCUUAUUAUGGAUGUUUAUCCAAUAUUGGAAGUAAUAUAUAUUUUUUAUGGCAAAAUUACAAUAAUUUAGUUGAGGAAAAUGACUUUGUUUUUUAAUUGGUAAGAAGAAAAUGACAAUGAGAGACCCCAUUGGGCUUUGGGCAUUGGCCAUUGUAAAUUGUACAAGUGUAAGUGCAUAGUCAAUAAUCUUACAAGAAUGUC